AUGGCUACAGUCGCACCCAUCGACACGGCUUCGUCCGAGGGACUGCGCAACCGCAACAAGCAGCCAGCUCGAGGCGACUCUCCACGCUCCGACUCCACCGAGGUCGCCAGCCCCGCCCUCGAUAAAGGUCAUCAUGACAAAAAGGACACGGUGGCUUCGGAUGGACAGGCCAAGGUGCUCGGCAGGACACCGGAUGGCACAGUCUUCACCGUGCCGCACACGCCGGACAUGCUCUCGUCCAUCUUUGACCCAAGACAACCCAAGACGCCUCUCGACAUCGUCACCGUAGUCUCCCUCACCCUUCAGAUCGUCCUGUACUUCGCCCUCUCCCGUCGAGCCGCCCAGAUCUUCUUCUUCCUCUACUUUGCCUUCUGGCGUGCCUCGUACAAUGCCGGUCUCGGCUGGAUCCUCAAGCAGCAGAGCGAGAAGGGCCUCAUCAUCCGCCAAGUCAAGCGCAAUGGCUGGAUGGACGCUCAGCGUCGGCCCAGGAUCCACAACUGGGUCAAGCAGCAGCUCGUCACCAAGAUGGACAAGGACUACGUCUUCGACGCCAUGCCGCUCGACUACAAUGUUUGGCUCAUGUUCCGCAGCAUCGUCGACGUCAUUUUGCUCAACGACUUUGUCGCCUACUCGCUCUUUGCCUUUUCGUGCACAAGACUGCCAGAGGGGCAUUCCGUGGCGAUGCACGUGCUGCGCUGGAUCGCAGGCUGGACCUUGAUCUUCUUCAAUCUCUGGGUCAAGAUCGAUGCGCACCGGGUCGUCAAGGACUACGCGUGGUACUGGGGCGACUGCUUCUUCCUCUGCCUCCAGAGUCUGGUCUUUGACGGCGUGUACGAGAUCGCCCCGGAUCCGAUGUACUCGAUUGGAUAUGCCGGCUACUAUGGUCUCUCGCUCGUCAGUGGCAGCUAUGCGGUGCUGUUCGUAUCUCUGGCUGCCCACUUCUCGCAAUUCCUCUUCAUGACCUUCUUCGAGGGACCUCACAUCGAACGAACCUACGGUGAGAGGAAACCCAUCGCUGCACGCGUGCCGCUUCGUCAAGCUCCUUUCAAUGCUGCCUCGCGCAAAGCGGCUCACGCUGACGACGAUGCAAACGCAAUUCAAUCGCCUAUCGAAACCACCGAAGCAACACCCAUCAAACCAUCCCACCCCACCGACCGCACAGCCGAUUCGGACUUCGACCGUCCCACGCCAAGUCAAACCGAAGGAUCCACAGCGCUCACCUCCGACGACGAGACCUCCUCGGACGGCCACAGUCGCACCAUCAAACGCGCCGCCCUUCGCACCUCCUCCUCCUCCAACGACGCCAUCCACUCCCACCUUUCCUCCCAACGACCCAUCACCACCCUCCACGACCUCCACCACCGCAUCUUUCGCAAGGACACGGUCGUUUUCCGCAACAUCGACCUUAUGCGAUCCACCGAUUUUCUUUUGCUCGUCGCCUCGCUCUACUCGCUUUUCCCGCUGAUCCUCCCUUCUCUCGGACACCAUCCUCGACUGACGCUGCUCUUCUUCAAUGCGCUCGCAUGGCGCACCUUCCACUCGGUCGGUCUCGGCCUCGCGCUCUCGCGUCAGAGCUCGUCCAAAUGGAUCGUUCGUCAUUUCCUAAAAAAUUACCACUACUCCACACCCCAAGAUGCCGUCUUUGAGGCCUUUGCGCAUUGGAAGGUGGUGUACAACACCUCGUUGGUCAUGACGUACAUUUCGUUUUCGGUGCUUGCGUGGAACUGCUACACGCCCAUCGGGCAUCCCGAUUGGACGGUUGGACCGGAGCUGCUGCGGCACACGCUCGGCCUGCUCCUCGUGGCGUUGCACGCAUGGACCGCCAACUCGUCCUACACCGUCCUUGGGCCGUUCGGUUGGCUGUACGGCGAUUUCUUCGUGGACGAAUACCCGCAUCAGCUGUACUACACGGGCAUCUAUCGGUUCCUCAACAACCCCGAAAGGAGUAUGGGUGGGGCGGCGUUUUUCGGUCUGGCCCUGAUCGCGGGUUCCAAGGUCACGUUGGUCAUGGCAAUUUUGAGCUAUAUUGCGCAUUGGGGGUUCCUGAGUUUUGUCGAGGGACCUCAUAUGCGCAAGUUGUACGGCGAGGCGGCGCUUCGCAAGGAUAGCGGCUUGACCAAGCAGCUCAAAUCCCAAUGGGUCGCUGCGAGGGAUUCGGAACUGUGGAAGUCGGCACAGGGUCAUCCGACGGUCAGAAACGUCCAGGGGACGUUGGAGAAGGUGCAACGGGAUGCGAGCGAGGUGUUUGAGGAAUUUUUCCGACAGAGUCGACCACGAUUCGAGGGUAUGUUGGAGGAAACCAAGGUGUUAUUGCAGCAGUCCAAGGAUAGGCUGUUGAUCGUGCGGGUGGAGGACGAUGAGAAGUUGCGGUCCGACGGUGUGGAUCACAAGGCGUACGGGCUGAGCGUGAGGGGGGAGAGGUUUCAUCUGGGACAGCCGAUUGCGGUGGAGUGGCGCGCAGCGGUGAACCACUCGAGGAGGGACUGGAUCGGUGUUUACCAUUUGUCAAGGUUUGGCGGGUUGGAGGGCGCGGAGGAGGCGUCGUUGGUGACCAAGAUUUCGAGCCAGGGGAAAUGGUUGGGGGUGGCGGAGGAGGAGUGGGUGGGCGAUGUGCAUCAGGGAUCCGAUUCCAGCGCUGGGAUGCGCGUGGAUGGCAUCUCGGUGUUUAGGGAUAGCAAGUUGCCCUGGCAACCGGGGACGUACGAGUUCCGAUACCAUCACGAUGGCAAGCACAACGUGCUCGCUCGUUCCAAGCCGGUCGAGAUCUACGUUGGGACGUUGGCGGGUGGUGGGGGGGAUGAGGUGGAGCGGACCGUAGAGGUGAUCCGCGAUAUCGUACGGUACUCGAUGCCGUCCACUAAACCGCUGCGGUUGAGCAUCAGCCAGGCUGCUCCUCCGGCUAUCGUCCCUGCCUCAGCUACAUCAGGCCAGACGAGCAUUCCUGAAGACGCCAUCGACGAGUCUGACAGCCAAGCCCGACCGCUCGUGCCCAACGCAGCCAGCGACGCAGACGACUUCACCAUCUGGGACCGCAAGCAGGCCACGCGCAUCAGUCAGGCGUUCAAGUGGGCCUUCGACCUCGAGUUGAGUCCCGAGGUGAUCAUCGCCGAGGCUAACGUGAGGCGGUUGGCCAUGGACGUGGUUGAGGGCAGGAGGGUGCUCACGCCUGGCUUCACGCCGAUGAUGAGCUGA